AUGGACCAUUUGGAGCUUCCUCACGAACCGAAGCAUUCUCACAUCGCCGUCCCGUAUCUGAGAGCUGAUCAAUACGAUGGUGGUCACUUCGAGACCUACCCCAACCGGAAAGGCUGGUCCGAGGCUGAUAUCCGAGGAUUGAGCUCGACCUCAAGAUCAAUGGACGAAAGAGCUGCCUUUGUACAGUCUUGGCUAUUCUUUGGGCUGUUGAGCACAGUUUUUGGCCCUAGAUAUGUUGAGGCCGAUUGGGUGGACGCAAGUGAUCCCCUGCAGCCUACCGUGACGCUUCGAGACUUGGAGGAUCGGCUCAGUACUCUGUCUCCGAGGAAGCAUCACAUCAUCCAAAUAAUCACCGAUUCCGUCUCCGCAAAGAGCACUGAAACGGGACCUCUUGAUCCAACAGCAUCAGUCGAAGAUUCGUUGGUGCCUCGUGGAGAAGAUUCCAAUCCGCUCGACAUAUCUGGGCUAUGCGAUGUCCUUAAUUGCGCGCAUGAAUGGAAUCUUCGCGUUAUGGAGCUCGGGGUCCAGGCGCAUAUUCUUGACGUAGUUUGCUUGUCUGUAGCGGCGUUGGGAGAGUUUUUGUGUGCGUACUUCAGCAUCCUCGGAGAAGAUAAGUGGCUCGGCAGCACAAAGACAAACUUCUUGUUCCAAAGAAUGCUCGACGACGGCUGGUGCCCUAUCGAGAUCAUUCGCCUGAAUACAAUAGCGAGCCUCCCAGAGAUAUACUUCGCCAGCAGUUCGGAGAGGCCCGGGCCGACCAGGGAUCACAGGAGUUGUCGAGAAAGAAUUCCCCUCGAUCAAAUGCAGGACGCUGCGGCCUUUGUCUCUCAACUGGGUGAGGACUGGAAGUGUACUGCGUACCAUAUGGACUGGAGGACAUAUCGAACUGAGCAUGUUUCGGGGUGCAGCGGGUGUGAUGACUUGUUCGCCGACCAAUUUCAGGUACAGCGAAUCCUCGAAAGAGGCUAUUAUCCAUUAGUUCUCCCUGCUGGUCAGAGAGAUCAAGUUCCUGAUCUUGAAGUCCACCGGGGCGGCACUCAAACGGAGAGGACAAACGAGCUGCCGCUCAUCUCUACCGAAAUAGAGAAGAGAUAUGUUUGUAUUUCCCAUGUUUGGUCCGAUGGACUUGGAAACCCCCAUGAAAAUUCCAUCCCAAGAUGUCAGUACGAGAGAUUGAGUGCCAUGAUUGACACACUGUACCCGAGUGGGAAUGUUCCUUUUUGGAUUGAUACAAUCUGCGUCCCUCGAAAACCAUCGGAACUUCGACGACAAACUAUCAUGUUGAUGAGAAAGACGUAUUCAGAAGCCGAAGUUGUCUUGAUACUGGACAGAUAUCUCCUGGAUCUUGUCCUCAACGAGACGUCAGAGCGAGAGGCGUGGGUUCGAAUACUCAAUUGCGGCUGGAUGCGACGUCUAUGGACGCUCCAGGAGUGCGCGCUCGCUCGGAAAGCCUUGUUUCAGCUACGCAACGGAACUCUUGACUUAGACAAAGCGCUUUGGUACGAUAUCAACACCAACGACACCUGGACUCUGCAGUGGAUGAAGCUCCGAGGAUAUUGGGGCAGAGGAGGUGUAGAUUUAGGGAAUCAGGCAGAGAAUAUGCUCGGAGAGCUCGGCGAUGUACUCGCCUGGCGUUCCACCAGCAUUGCCGAAGACGAAGCCGUCUGCCUCAGCAUCAUCACUGGUUUUCAGGCUUCCGAGAUUGAGCAAGUAGUCGCUUGUGAGUCUCAUGAAGAUCGCAUGACUCAGUUUUGGCGCCUGACCAAGGGUUUGUCCUCUGAGAUCUUGUUCUGGAAUGGGCCACGGCUGUCGCAGCAAGGCAUGCGAUGGGCACCGAGCAGUUUUCUGGACAAAGGGCCAACGCCGUUUCUCAAUCAGCGGUCCAAAAGAUUUCAAUCCGCCCAACUUACCCAACGUGGGCUCAGGUUCAAGUUGCCCGGGUUGCGUCUUGGGACCCUGAGGCGAAAAUUACGAGAGAUCUCCUUUCUGAGAUCGAGCUCUACGAUUUGGUACCGGCUUGUCAUAUCCUACCUAAAGGAGGCGCCUUGCCCGCCAGAAGGACACGUCAUGCAUCUUGGAAUCAUUCUCCAGGAGCCUGAACUGUCCUUUGUCGACGACCUCCCGACCUACGAAUCAAUGGCCGUCCUGCUUGUUUCGAUGCUACCGUCUCACGGUGAAAGUGGACUCAUUGUUGCCCAACCGCUGUGUGUGGGGACUAUCGAACGAGCCGAGAGGUAUGAAGGGUGGAUCAACCCGCUGGAACAGCUUAGGGGCAGGUUCUAUUCAAAGGUCUCCUCAACGAUGGACAAGAUGGAGAGGCUCGAGAUUGAUGGCACUGUUCUUGGACAUUCAAAUUCGGAUUCGGCAGACAAGAGCGAUAUCAAAGCAGUCUGGACAGAUGGACAGCUCUCCUUUGACUUAAAAGACGAACAGAUGAUGUUUGAGAUUAGACAACUCCCGGAGCAUCAAGAGUGGUGCGUUGGAUGA